ACGGCCAUCCAAAAUCGCCUCCGAUCCCCUCCUCCAAAAUCCUCCAGCCCUGCCUGCCAUGGCUCAGAACGGACCCCACGGCCACCAAGUCGACGCCGCACCACCAACCACUGUCGCCGUCUUCUCCCUAACGAGCGCCGGUCCUAACGGCAACGGUGGUUCCUCGGCGGGCAACAUGGAGAACCUGGACGCCAGCGGCAUGGGUAAGAAGAACCUUAUCCCUGACCUCAACAUGGAAGAGCGCGACGACUCCGCGGGCGGCAGCAAAGAUAAGCCGCGCUCGGAAGCGAAGGUGGAGGUAGCUGCUGCCGAUGCCGAUGCCGACGCCGACGCCGACAAGGGUAAGAGCAUCGCCGCUGCUGGCGACGACGACGGCGAGCCCAACGUCAACAUCGCCUUGGAGCGGGAGAGGCGCAAGCGGAUGAAAGAUCUGUUCAGGUCACUACAAGACCUGAUGCCCCACGUCCCUCAGAAGACUGACAAGGCGACAUUAGUGGGAGAGGCGAUCACCUACAUCAAGGUCCUCGAGGAGAAGGCGGACAUGCUGGGGAAGCAGGCGCUCGCGGCGCGGCAGGCCGCCGCUAGGGGUGAGGCCUCCUCCUCUUCCUCUCUUCUCUCUUUGAGGGCGAUGCCACCGACCGCGCAGGGCAUGGCGGCCCUGUGCUCUUGGAACGCCCCGCGUGGCUGGGGCGGUGUCCCUGUGCAACCUGCUGCUCCAGCCGUGCCAGCGUCGACGUCGCCGAUGAGAUGCAAGACGUGGGCGGGGCCAAACAUGGUGCUGACCGUGGCCAACGACAACGCCUACAUCAGCGUGUGGGCGCCACGGCGCGCAAACACCCUGACCAUGGUGAUGUCCGUGCUAGACAACCACGGGAUCGACGUGAUCACCGCGCAAAUCUCGUCCGACAGGGUUCGCGCCCUGUUCAUGAUCUAUGCCCAUGUGACUGGAAUAGGCGGUGAGAAUCGUCGUUCGUCGGAGGAAGUGUACCAGAGGGCUGUGUCGGAGAUCGUAUACAGGCUCCACAACAACAACAACAACAACAAUAACAACAAUGGCUAGACCGAUUGGAGCCGCCAAUCAAAGGCCUCAGGGGCGUCUCAAGCUACGCCACUGCAUGCCAUCGAUCUGCUCAAUAGCUUGCAACCUUCAGACUGGAGCGAUCUAAAAACCCGAAAUAAAUAAACUUGUUUGAUUAAUUUGCACCUGUCAUUUGAAGGUUUGAGAACCGUCUCUUUGUGUCUUUGUCAGGUCGGUCGAACUGCGAGUGUCGUGCGUGUUUGUGUCUCGACAUUGCUUUACAACGUCUCUUUGUGUU